AUGCCGGAGUCUCCGAGGUGGUUGGUUUUGCAAGGCCGUUUGGGAGAAGCCAGGAAGAUUCUGCUUCAAGUUUGUGAUUCCAAAGAAGCCGAAAUUCGCUUGCGAGACCUAAAAAUGGCUGACAUUUUGGUCGAUGUCCCGAAGAAUAGUCGCGGCCAGGGGGUCUGGAAGGAGCUCCUCGUGAGGCCCACGCGCUCGGUUCGUUGGAUUUUGAUUGCUUCUGUUGGCUUACACUUUUUCCACCAUACGACGGGAAUUGAGGCUGUCGUUUUGUACAGCCCGAGGGUGCUUAAAAGGGCUGGUGUCGUUGGGAAGGAUAAGCUAUUGUUGGCCACUAUCGGAAUUGGGGUUUGCCAAAACGACAUCCACUUUGGUGGCGACUUUAUUGCUUACAAAACUGCGAAUUGGGGUCUUGUGGUCUUUCCUUUAAGAUUGAGAGCGCAAGGGACGAGUAUUGGGGUCGCAGUGAGUAGGAUUCUGAACGCUACGAUUUCCAUGACUUUCAUUUCGGUCUGUGAGAAAAUUACAAUUGGAGGGAGUUUCUUUUUGUUUGGUGGAAUAGCCAUUUUGGCUUGGGUUUUUUUAUUUACCUUUUUGCCCGAGACCAAAGGAAGAUCAUUGGAAGAGAUUGAGACCCUUUUUAGCGGAUCAAAGGGCAAGCCCGGAAUUAGUAAUGAUGUUGAAUGGUUGUAG